AUGUUCAUCUCGCUCGCGCUUCUUGCGCACCUCUUCACGUUCAUUUCCGUCGCCCUCUCCCCUUCCCCCGUCGCGGCCGCCCCGUCCCGCUACGUCCACCCAGGGGUAUUUCUGUCCCGCCUUCAGCUUGAUUUCAUCCGCCUCAAAGUCAUCUUGAAACUUGAACCGUGGAAGACUGCCUACGAUGCAAUGCUCGCAACGCCCAUGGCCUUUCUUAACCGCACCGCUACGCCCUGGCAAGUCGUCGAGUGUGGAUCCAAUUCAAAUCCAAACAAGGGAUGUACACCCGAGCGUCAGGACGCAUUAGCGGCGUAUGCAAUGUCUUUGGCAUGGUAUAUUGAGCGCAAAGAAGUCUAUGCUCAAAAGGCACUCGAGUACAUGAAUGCGUGGUCCUAUGUUCUCCAGGGUCAUAAUAAUACAAACGCACCCCUACAGACUGGAUGGUCUGGCGCCAACUGGGCGCGCGCAGCAGAGAUUAUGCGACAUACUUACCCAGGUUGGCAAGCAGCGGAUAUCGCUCAAUUCGAGACCAUGCUCCGAACGGCCUAUGUCCCUCAACUCCUGGUUGGUUCAAAUAGCAACGGCAACUGGGAACUCGUCAUGAUGGAAGCCGCAAUCGGCAUUGCCGUUUUCCUCGAAGAUUCCUCCGUCUACGACGCCGCCAUGGCCAAGUUCCUCGGUCGUGUACCAGCGUACAUCUACCUCUCCUCUGACGGAGACCUUCCGAAAAUCGCUCCUUCGCAAAAUGCCACACUCAAUACGCCCGCCAAACUCAUCAAAUACUGGCAAUACCAGGACACGUUCGUCGACGGUCUCACCCAAGAGACCUGCCGCGACUAUGCACAUGCAGGAUAUGGUCUCGCGUCCAUUGGACACGUCAUGGAGACGGCGAGAAUCCAGGGUGACAACAUGUACUCUGACGGAUGGGGUCGUCUCAAGGACUUUGGAACGAGACUGUUCAAAGCCCUCGAGUUCCACGCCCAGUAUGAGCCUACGGGUGGAAACUUGACGGUACCAAGCUGGUUGUGCAAUGGAACCAUCAGUCGUGGUUUGGGUCCAAUUACCGAAGUUGGCCUCAACGCCCUCCAUGCCCGCUUGCGCUACCCACUUCCAUACACGGAAAAGUACCGUUGCUCAGAGACCGGCUGGAACAAACUAUCUCUUCGUCGCUUGGGAAACGCUCACUCACGGUGGAUGCGAGUCUGGAUGGGGAUGGUGGUAAUCUCUUUCUUUGCACAUACAGAACAGUAG